AUGGAACCCAGGCAAAAAAAAGCCCGGUUUUUCGACUCUGAGGAGGACUUUGGCCCGGACACAAAGUCGCUGAUUCGCCCCGGAAGCUCACACAAGCCUGGCAAGCCUGCCAGCAACUCUCUGGCUCGACCCACGCCUGCUCCAUCGACUUUUCGAUCUGAUCUCGAGGCGUUUCUGGGGCCUCUUUCGGACCAACGGUUCGGUUUGUUGCUUGCAAAGAGCAAGGGAAAUGUCGAACAGGCAGUCAAUAUCCAUUUUGAUCUGCCAGAGGAGGUGCAACAAGCGACAUCGGAGGAGACGGCGGAAGAGGCGGAAGUGUCUCAAACGACCACCAGCGGCUUUGAGACGACACAAAAGCCCUCCCAAAACACACAGGUGCCUUCUAGAGUCCACACAAGAGGUGGUUGUUCGACUAGUCGUUUCAUUGGUUCACUAGUGGUCACGGCAUGGGCUUCUAAGUCUUCCAAGGGCAAAGUCAAGUACCAAGACAGACUCGUGGUGGAGCGCCAGUCCCACGACCAUUCGAAAUCGAUCCGGAAGAAUCCCACCGACAACUCGCAUGUGCACAUUCGCACUGUGUCUGGAGAACUUCUGGGGCGCAUUUCUGGCGAGCACGACUACUCCAUAGCAUCUCUGAUUGACAGUCGGGUGUGCGACUUUGAGGCGUCGUGUGUUUACGCUGACCACAAUCUGAGUCUGGGCUCGAAUUUCGUCGUUGAACUGAAAUGCUACCUCACCGAAGAAGCGUUCCAGGACGUGGCUAUGCCGUUGCUUGACAGCAAGACGGCCAAGAAACGGGAGUAUGUGUUUGACAACUCGCGGGAGAGUCACGUGGAGAAGAUGCUGCGCAACCGCCAAAUCGCCAUUGUCGAUCUCUUCGGCAAGCUCAAUCUUAUCAAAGAAAAUGAAGCCAACGCAGAUAUGGUCAAGGACAUGCUGAGGGCCAAAAGCCAGCCGCCCUCCAGUCAACCGCCCUCUCAGAACUCAGAGGACGAAAGUGAACCUAUUCCCACCGACGAGCUGGAUGCCCUUUACAAACGAAUCGAAAAGGAGGACGUGGAACAGCCAGAAACAGAGGUGGAGGGGUUCCCUCUAGAGUUGAGAAGAUACCAGAAACAGGGAUUGACGUGGAUGAUAUCAAGGGAGACGGAGGUGAGCGAGUAUUUUGACAAUGACGACUCCGGACCUAUAAACCCAUUAUGGACGAAAGUGGACUUUCCGGGAAGUGACGAAAAGUUCUAUGUGAACUUUUCAUCCGGUGCUCUGACUCUCAAGUUCCCUAAACAAGAAAGGUCCUUCUCAGGAGGCAUUCUGGCCGACGAAAUGGGUCUAGGAAAGACUAUCUCGACGCUUGCCAUGGUAUACAGAGACCGGCACGUGGGAUGCACGUUGGUGGUGGCCCCCAUGUCGUUGCUAUGGCAGUGGGAACAAGAAUGUGAACGAGUUGGUCUGUCGACUUAUGUAUACCAUGAAAAGGGAGCCGAUAUUGAUUUGGAUGAGUUGUUCAAAACGUACAGCCCUAACAUUCUGAUCACGUCAUAUCACACCCUGGUGUCUCACUAUGGUCAGAUCAAAGCUCUAGGAGGAGGGCUGGAUCGCAACGUCAUUUCUGAAACCAGUUCGCAUGAGAGACCAAAGAUUUUCACCAAGCAUUUCCACCGAAUCGUGCUAGAUGAGGCACACGUGAUCAAAAACAGAAAUACCGUCUCGGCAAAGGCAUGCUGUCUUUUGAGGGCUACCAACAAGUGGGCUCUGACCGGUACUCCUAUUCACAACCGUCUGGAGGACCUCUUUUCGAUUCUGAAGUUCCUGGGAGCAGCUCCAUGGAACGAUUUCAUCUACUGGCGCAAUUUCAUCACUCUGCCGUUCCAGGAGGGUAAAAUUGUCUCUGCUCUAAUGACUGUUCAGUGCAUUUUGGAGCCCAUAGUGUUGAGACGAACCAAGAACAUGAAACAGGCUGAUGGAAGUCCUCUGGUAGUGUUACCCAAGAAGACGAUCAACAUUGAGAAGGUGGCAUUGACCGACCAGGAGAGAGUCAUCUACAGCUAUGUUCUUGCACGAGCUCAGACGUCUCUUCAAAAGUCUGAAGCAUCUGAGGCUGUGGGACGCAACUAUCUGAACAUUUUGACCCAGAUUUUACGUCUUAGACAGUCGUGCUGUGAUCCAGCGUUGAUUUUGCGCCCGGAAGCCGAAGUGCCCACCGACGAGCAGCUUCAGAUUGAAGAAAACGAGUCUCAACUCAAGAGCAUGAUUCAACAAUAUAAUGACGAUACUCAGACAUCCGCCUGCGAGUAUUCGUCUGAGAUUAUCGCGCAAUUACAGGACCAAUCGGCUCCUCCAGAGUGUCCCAUCUGUGCUGAAGACGUGACCAAGCUGGCCAUCUCAAAAUGUCUACAUAUGGGAUGUGUGGACUGUCUGGCUGACAAUGUUCGGUUCCAGGAGAGCAAGAAGCAGACGCCGGUAUGCUGUAUAUGUCGUCAGCCUGCCGCUCUGAAAGAUAUAUUCGAAGUAGAGAGAACAGGGGAAGAUUGCAAGGAUAUCCGCUUGAAGAAGUUAUCUGACAGACCACGCUCUUCCAAGCUCGUUGCUCUGGUUUCCAAGCUCAAGCAGCUCCCUAAAGACGCCAAAUCCGUCGUCUUUUCGCAGUUCACAAGCUACCUAGACAUCAUCCAGACUGAACUGCGUCGUGAAAAGAUCCAGGCUUUCAGAUUUGAUGGUACCUUGUCCAGACAGCAGAGGACCGACGUUCUCAAGGCGUUCGGACUUUCCAAGGGCUCGGUGCUUCUGAUCUCGCUCAAAACUGGAGGGGUGGGUCUGAAUCUGGUCACUGCCAACCAUGCCUUUAUCAUGGACCCCUGGUGGACGUUUGCACAGGAGGCUCAGGCCAUUGACCGAAUCCAUCGAAUGGGACAGACGAAAGACGUGCACGUGACUCGGUUCAUUGUGGAGAACUCUGUCGAGGAGAAGAUGUUGAAGAUCCAGCAACAGAAGAUGGUUUUGGCGGGUACGUUGGGUAUGUCUGAGCAGGAACAGAAGGCUCAGAGAAUCGAGAACAUUAAGACUCUGUUGGGGGAGUAA